AAAGUUCAAGUCACCUUUUAGGUUCUCCGUUGUCAUAGAUACUCUGUUCAAAGUUUCUUCCUACAUGUACUUGUGCUAGGCGCUAGGCUGUGCCGGUACGUAGGUACGGUGAAUUGCAUUGAAGUAUCAAACAAGAUUAUCGUGAGAGCUAGAGCCUAGCCCCGGCCUGGAGUGUUAAAUAUUGACUAACAUGAAGCUUGUGUUUGAGGUAUAUCCGAUUGUGAACGGACAAGGUGAAGUCAAGAUCUCAUGGCAGAAAUCAUUGGGGAACUACUUAGCAGUUACUGGAGUCAAUAAGGUAGUGAGCAUAUAUAAUCGUCAUGGAGAGCAUAAGAGUGAUGUAGUAAUUGCGCUUCCUGGGUUGUGUACUUCCUUGGACUGGAACAAAGAUGGUGACAUGUUAGCCAUUGCGCAGGACAGAACAGGGAUCUUGUACCUGUGGAAUGCUCACAAUGAUGAAGUUACAAAAUUGGAUACUGGAAUGAAGGAGAGCUUAUCCUUAUGCCUGUGGACCAAGAGCACACACUUGCUUGCCAUUGGAACAAGUAAAGGAAACGUAGUGCUUUACAAUCACAGAACUAGGAGGAAGGUCCCUAUUCUUGGUAAGCACACAAAGAAAAUCGUCUGUGGAGCCUGGAGUAGCCAAAAUCUUCUGGCUCUUGGUUCAGAAGACAAGUCACUGUCCAUCAGCAAUGCAGACGGCGACACCAUUAAACAGACUCCACUUAGGUCUGAGCCAAGCUGUAUUCAGUUCUCUGAAACCACUUUGAGCGCAAACACCUCUCACCCAAGCACGGUGAGUGCUGUCAUUGGUCACAAAAAUCUUUUUCUGAUGGAUGUGGACAAUGCCGGACAACCUGUAGAGUUGGCCUUCCAGCCUAAAUACGGGGACAUUAUGGCACACAGAUGGUUCAGCACUGGAUACAUAAUGAUCGGCUUCUCGGAAGGGUUUUUCAUAGUGAUAUCAACUCUUAGAGAGGAGAUAGGGCAGGAGAUUUUUCAAGCUCACAAUCACAAGAACUUUCUCAGUGAUAUUGCCAUUUCCGCAACUCUAAACCAGGCAGCCUCUUGUGGUGACAACAGCAUCAAAAUCCAUGACAUGAAUGAACUCAAGGAAGUCUAUAGCAUUGUGAAUGUGGAAGAGGAGAAAGGAAGUCUGCAGUCGCUAGAAUGGACUGAUGAUGGACAGUUACUGACUGUCAGCACUACCACAGGUGGUGUUUUCACGUACUUGGCCAAACUACCCAUGCUGGGUGAUGCUUCUGGAACAAGGCUGGCUUAUCUUACAUCCCUUCUGGAGGUGACCAUUGUGAACAAUGUUGAAGAGGAGCCUCAACUGAGGCUGGGACUGACAGUUGAACCUUCUUUCAUCACCAUGGGUCCAUUUCAUAUAGCGUAUGGGGUCAACGACAGAGUUUGGAUCCAUGAGUUAGGGGAGAAUGGUGAGAUUUUUGAAAAGUCUUACCUUGGAUCAGUGAGCUCCAUGAAACUGAAUGGAUACUAUGCCGCUGCGUUGCACGACGGCAGAAUACACCUUCAUUUGAUUGAUUCCAGCCUUGAUAUUGGGAAGGAGACUAGUUCCACAGGCAGUCAGCUGACUGGUGAUCGAGAAGGUAGAAUGUUCCCACCUGAUGGGCCCCAAGAUGUCAUCACUUGCCUCAAUCUUACUCAAGAGUUUCUCAUCUAUGCAACAGAGUCAGGCACUUUGGUCUAUUUCUACCUUGAAGAUUGGCAAUUUGUCAAUGAGUAUAAGCACGUCAUGGGUAUCACCAAGCUGUACCCUGAUCCAACCAGCACAAGAUUGAUUAUUGUCGAUGAAAAAAGUGAUGCAUAUAUUUACAACCCGGUCAAUGGCAGUCUACUGGAGCUACCUGACUUUCCACCUGGGGCAAAAGGCGUUUUGUGGGAAAAUUGGCCUCUAGACAAACAUAUAUUCGCUGUGUACGAUGCUGAGAAUGUGCACACCUACCUGUACUUGAAGGACACCAUUAAUGGUUCACUGUGUGAUUAUGUUGGCUCUACUAAGCUUCCUUUUGGACACCAUCCCCUUUUGCUGUACAAUGGAGAGGUGUCGUGUCACUCUCUGACUGGGAAGAUCUCCAUCAUGAGACUUGCUACGCACAACUUCCCUGACGAUCAUGAUAUCAGUACUGAGCAGCUGAAGGCAUCACUUUCAAAUUGCAUCAGUCUUCGAAGAUUCAAAGAUGCAUGGACGUUUGCAGCUGCUCUUGAUAGUCCAGAUAUGUGGAGUGAACUGUCAAAGUCGGCUUUGAAACAUCUUGACACAGACGUUGCCAUACGAGCCUACCAGCAAAUUGAUGAUGUUGGGAUGGUGACUUCCCUUCAACAAAUCCAGAAUAUUGAGGAUCGCAACUUGUUUACUGGAAACAUAGCAAUGGUUUUGGAGUCAUUCAAACAAGCACAGGACUUGUUCUUGGCGUCGUCAAAGCCUACUGUGGCACUAACAAUGCGUCGUGACUUGCUGCACUGGGACCAAGCACUGCAGCUAGCUAAGACCCUGUCCCCAGAGCAAAUCCCAUACAUUAGCAAGGAGUACGCUAAUCAGCUGGAAUUUACUGGCGACUUUGGAAAUGCUCUACUUCAUUAUGAGCAAGGGAUUACGAAACAACUUGAGGAUCAAGAACAUGACCUUGCAUGUACCGGUGGUAUUGCUCGUAUGGCUUUAAGAACAGGAGACAUUCGAAGGGGUGUGACACUGGCCCAAUCAAUCAACAACAAACAGUUGAAGAAGGAGUGUGCUUCCAUCUUAGAAACAUUAAAACUGUAUGCUGAAGCUGCCACUCUGUAUGAAGGCUCAGACUCUUGGGACAAAGCUACUUCUGUCUAUAUGAAAGGCAAAAAUUGGAGAAAGGCUGGUGAGCUGCUAGAGAGAGUGACAUCCCCAAGGUUACAUGCUCAGUAUGCCAAGGCAUGUGAGGCUGAUAAAAGUUACAAGGAAGCUGCUAGGGCAUACGAGGCCGCCAAGGAUUAUGACAAUGCUGUCAGGAUUUAUCUGUCACAUUUAAAGUCUCUUGACGAUGCUGUGAGGAUUGUGAAAGAGUCUCAAUCAAUAGAUGGUGCCAAACUGGUUGCAAAAUUCUUCCAGAAAUUGGGUGAUGUCGCCUCAGCAUUGCAAUUCCUGGUGUUGUCUAAGUGUCAAGAGGAAGCUUUUCAGAUGGCAGAGAGCUACAACUACAUGGAUCAGUAUGCUGAAGUGAUUGGAAGCGAUGCCAGUGUAGACGACUAUCUCCGGAUGGCUUCUCACUUCAGGAAAAACAACGAGCAUUUCAAGGCUGGUGAAUUCUUUUUCAAAGCAGAUGUGUACGACAAGGCUUUGUCACAUUUUCUUCGCUGCCCCAUGUCUAUGUAUCCUGAUGGAGAGCAUAUCGAUAUGGCAAUUAAAGUAGUUGGCAAUGCCAAAGAGGACUCUCUGACUGACCAGCUAACCGGCUACUUGAUGGGAGGAAAUGAUGCUACUCCCAAGGAUGCCAAGUACUUAUUCCGACUCAACUUAGCUACUGGAAAGUAUCGUGAAGCUGCUAGAGCUGCUUUGCUUAUUGCAAGGGAGGACCAAACUGCAGGGAAUUACCGCAAUGCUCAUGAUGUGCUCUUCUAUAUGUACUCAGAGCUUGUCAAGCACAGUAUCAAGAUUCCCUCUGACAUGGCCUUCAAUCUAAUGAUUCUUCACAGCUAUAUCCUUGUAAAAAUGCAUGUUAAGUUAGGGGACCAUUUGAAAGGAGCCAGAAUGCUUAUACGUGUUGCCAACAACAUCAGCAAGUUCCCUUCCCACAUUGUUCCGAUCUUGACUUCUACUGUGAUCGAAUGCCAUCGGUCUGGGCUGCGGAACUCUGCUUUCUCAUACGCAGCAAUGUUGAUGAGACCAGAGUAUCGACAGAAAAUUGACCCUAAGUGGAAGAAAAAAAUAGAGCAGAUUGUCAGGAAGCCAGACAAAAGCGAACUAGAAGAAGAGCUACUCCCUUGUCCAUACUGCGAUCACUUGGUACCUCAAACAAAGUUAGACUGUCCACAGUGCAAGAAUACAAUACCAUAUUGUAUUGUGACGGGCUAUCAUAUGGAGAAAAAUAAUUGGACUCAAUGUCCACAUUGCAAGUUUCCUGCUCUCUAUUCCGAAUUUCAGAGGUUUCUGAAGGGUUCCACUGAUUUUAGUUGCCCUAUGUGCUCAAAGAAAGUUGACAAUGUAGAAGUCACUAAAGUGGAAAAUGUUUCAGCAGUGCUGCUUACUAUGUAGGUAAAAGUGUAUGACAAUGUAAUUAUGUAAGUAUACUGUUAGAAAUGUUAUUUUGAUUACUACUAAAAAUAAAUGGCGUUUGUCGAUGUAAAAAUAAUUAUACGUCCAUGCUCAUUAUUUAAUAAUCAAUUAUUGGCUUGGUAUAUUUAUGUACAGUGUACUAAAGUGUACUCUCUGUAUGGCAGACACGUUGGUGUAAUUAUACCCUCUAUCUUUUA